AUGACCGAUAUAUACGAAGUCAGCAUAUUCGAUUCGUCCGACGACGACAUCAGCCUGGCCGCUGCCGAAGAAGUCGGACUCUUAUCACAGUACAAACAGCAAAAGUCACCGUCGUCGCUGUCGUCGCCGACGACGUCGCAUCGACGAACAUCCUCUAUAGACCAAUUCGUGUGGUACACGAAACGGACGGUUCGCGAGACUCUGUCGGAUCUGGAUUUUAUACACAAUGCGCUCAGUAUUGCGUUACUCGCGGUGCUGUGGCAUGUGUUUUCCUUAGCUAUCUCUAUUUACAAUAAAUGGAUGUUCUCCGGCGACAGCAUCUCCUUCCCCUUCCCCCUCUUCAUGACCAGCCUCCAUCAAGUCGUCCAAUUCGCCCUCUCCGCUCUGUUUCUGUACCUCAUCCCCUCCCUCCGACCGCAACGAAUGAGUCUCCCGCCCUCCGCAGUCCUCCCAGGCGCCGAUCCACAGCGCGGCAUGUCCCUCAAACGAUUAUAUCUGAUUCAUUUGAUCCCCGGCGGCGUCGCGACAGCCCUCGACAUGGGACUGGGCAACAUGAGCCUUCGAUUCUCAUCGCUAACGUUCAUGACGGCCUGCAAAUCCUCAACCCUCGUCUUUAUUCUGCUGUUCGCAUUCCUAUUCGGCCUCGAAAAGCCCUCCGUGAGACUAGCAUUGAUAAUCGCCGUAAUGACAGUAGGCGAAGUAAUGAUGGUCCUGGGCGAAGUCACCUUCAGUCUCCCUGGAUUCGCGCUCGUGACCGGCUCCGCAUUUUUCUCCGGUUUUCGAUGGGCGCUUUCCCAGCUUUUGAUUUUGAAGCAUCCCGCGACAUCGAACCCCGUGUCGAUGUUGUUCCAUCUCAGUCCCGUUGUGUUUGUGACGUUGAUUGGGAUAUCGAUUUCCGUCGAGGAUCCGCAGGAGAUUAUCGACGCCUUGUACGCAUUGAGUGAAGCGUGCGGAAGCACAUCGACCGCUAUUUCGCUCCUCCUGCUCCCCGGAUGCCUGGCGUUUUGUAUGGUAUUGUCGCAAUUCGCGCUUUUGCAGCGGUCGUCCGUCGUCACCCUCAGCGUUUGCGGAAUCCUCAAGGAGGUGGUGAUCAUUGGCGUGGCGGGCGUGGUGUUUGGCGACCAGUUGACGUCCAUUAAUAUAUGUGGCGUUGUGGCUAUUAUGGCCAGCGUGGUGGCAUAUAAUUAUAUGAAGAUUACGUCCUCGAGAAGGGGGGUGAGAGAGAAGUAUGAUAGUGAGAAGUAUUCAUGA